AUGGCAUUUUUACAUUCUCACUCAGAGGAGUGUGCAAAAUCAGAACUAGAUUUAUUCACACUACCUCCAACGCAAACAAGUAUUGAACAAUCGCAAUGGACAUAUUACAACCCUAUGGCAUCUUUAUCGGACGAUACUCCGAUAGAAUUUGUUAUACCUGGACACGGUGAAGAAUACAUUGACUUAUCACAUACUAUGAUAAAAAUUAAAGCAAAAAUUGUACAAAGUGAUGGUACAGCUGCUGAAAAUGAUGUUGUGGGUCCAAUAAAUAAUUUUUUACAUUCAAUGUUUAAUCAAGUAGAUGUCUUUUUCAAUCAAAAAAUGAUUUCACCACCUAAUAAUGCCUACGCUUAUAGAGCUUAUAUUGAAUCAUGUUUAAAUUAUGGAGUCGAUGCAAAAACUACUCAUCUUAAAAUGGCAUUGUGGAGUAUGGAUACAUUAGGAGAAUUUGAUAGUGUAGAAAAGGAUAAAAAUAAGGGUCUAAAAGAUAGAAUGACAUUCACAGCGAAUGGAAAAGCGUUUGAAAUGAUGGGUCAUUUACAUUGUGAUGUUUUUAAUCAAGAUAAAUUUUUACUUAACGGAGUAGAAAUGAGAAUUCGUUUAGUUCGAUCAAAAAAUACAUUUUGUCUUAUGAAUGGAAGUAAAAAUAACUACAUUGUCAAGAUUUUGGAAGCUAUGUUAAUAACGAGAAGAGUGAAAAUUAACCCGAGUAUUUUAAUAGCUCAUGCAAGAACAUUGGGUCAAACAACUGCAAAGUAUCCACUUACUAGAGUUGAAGUUAAAUCUUUGUUUGCGUGA